CAUAUACUGAUCUCCAUGCUCAAAAUAUCUUCUCUUGAUCAGGACUCCUACAGGAAGCAGGUGGUGAUCGACGGAGAGACGUGUCUCCUGGACAUCUUGGACACUGCAGGUCAGGAGGAGUACAGCGCCAUGAGGGACCAGUACAUGAGGACAGGAGAGGGCUUCCUCUGUGUCUUUGCCAUCAAUAACACCAAGUCCUUUGAGGACAUUCACCACUACAGAGAGCAGAUAAAGCGAGUAAAGGACUCGGAGGACGUCCCCAUGGUCCUGGUGGGGAACAAGUGCGAUCUUCCAUCCCGCAGCGUGGACACAAAGCAGGCUCAGGAUUUAGCGCGUAGCUACGGCAUCCCCUUCAUAGAGACCUCAGCAAAGACGAGACAGAGAGUGGAAGAUGCCUUUUAUACUCUGGUACGGGAGAUCAGGCAAUACCGGCUGAGAAAACUCAGUAAAGAAGAAAAGACGACACAAUGCAUCAAGCUUAAAAAAUGUGUUUUGAUGUGAGAGGGGGCGUGGACGACGCGUUUUAUACUCUAGUCCGAGAAAUCCGGAAACACAAGGAGAAGAUGAGCAAGGAGGGCAAGAAGAAAAAGAAGAAAUCCAAAACAAAAUGCGU